UAACAACAAAAUCCCCUUAUAUUUUAUAAAGUUUGCGUCAUUUAUUUAACAUAUGCUAUAUUAUUUUCAUGCAAUAUUUUUUUUUAAAAAAAAGGUAAAAUAUCUCUAAGGCUCCUCAUAGCGCGUCAGUCAUGUCUGCCUCCUUCAUCCCACGAAGCACUGCUGAUGGCAUUUCAGCCGAGCAAGAGCAAGAUGCAAAUUCGGCACUUACAGAACUUGAUAAAGGUCUUCGGUCCGGCAAAAUAGGUAUACAGUGUGAAGCCAUCGUCAAAUUUCCACGGCUUUUUGAGAAGUACCCCUUCCCAAUCUUGAUCAAUUCUGCACUCUUGAAAAUUGCUGAUGUUUACCGUGGAGGUAAUAACUUCAUCAGACUUAACAUUCUGCGUGUAGUGCAGCAAAGUGAAAAACAUCUAGAUAAAAUUCUAAAUGUGGACGAAUUUCUUCGGAGGAUUUUUGGGGUUAUUCACAGCAAUGAUCCAAUUGCCAGGGCCAUUACUCUAAGAAUGAUGGGCAGCAUCGCUAGCAUUGUUCCCGAGAAGACUCUAAUUCAUCACAGUAUCAUCCUUGCUCUCGACUCACAUGAUGCUGUUGAAGUUGAAGCAUCCAUAUUUGCUGCAGAUAAAUUCUCUGAAAAGUCAAAAACGUUUGCAAGAACGAUAUGCAGCAAAAUGGUUGCCAUGUUGUCUGGACUUGCCACACCAGUUGACCUCAAAGUGAAGUUGAUCCCCAGUUUGCGUCAUAUGCAUCAUGAUUCCGAUACAGCAGCCCAAGCAUUUGCAGUGUGUGAGUCUCUCCUGGAGGGUUACCCAGCAAAGAAAUUUGUCUUGCUGACAUUGGACACCAUGACUCGACUAGCUGUCCAGUCUUUGGUUAAUGUUGCUCCACAUGUUGCACGACUUCUGCAACUGCUUAUGUCAGACCCACGACAUGAUAUUCACCUCUGCUGCCUGCGGAACCUCUGUCUCUUAGCAAGGAGAGGACCACAUCUUUGGCAGACCAGCGAUGUGGAGCAAGAUCAGUGCGCAUGCUACAAGUGCUGUUUUGACCAAAAUAUUAGCCUUGCUGCCCGAAGCAUUCAGGUUCUCACACAUAUUGCAAAAGCCUCAAGGAUGCCUGGUGACAUUCCCAGUGAAGUUGUAAGCGCUGUGCAGACAUUUUUCUUUCUAGGCUCUCACAGAUGUGGGGAAGAAUCAGCAGGAUCUGAAGGCAAACCAGCCCAGCUGGUGUGUGAAGCACUGACAGCAGUAGGAAACAAGUUUCCAGAUAGUCUUCAAGGUUCUGCCUCCAGUUAUUUGGCACUGCUGCAGAAGUGGACGAUAGAGGGGCUUCCUAGUGACCAUGUUCAGGUUCAGCUGUGUACAUUAGUGUUCCAAGCUGCAAGAGAACAGUUAAUGCCACCAGAUGUGCAGGCAACUCUGCGAUUAGCUGUGGAGAAAUGUGAGAGCUGGCAGGCCUAUAGGAUUGCCCGACAAGCUUUGCGCUAUGGCCAGUUUUCUUUUGCAGAGUUAAUUUUCUCUGACCUUGCAUACAAGGUGUCCUCAGAGAGCUACUAUAACUGGCUGUUGGGACUGAAGAAUGUCUGCACAGCACGAAGGCAUCUGCACAACAUGCAGUUGAAUGGCUUCAGUGCUGUCCCCUGCCUUUCCAGCUGUCUUGAGAGCUACCAACGUGCGCUUGUCGCUUUCAAGGCUGCCAGUACACCAGCUCACCCUCUGGAGUUUCAGUGCGAGUAUGUUCGCCUCAGUAUUGUGUGGUUGUCUUCAUUGAGAUUGUUAUUGCUGACUUGCAACACCUUUCGCUCUUCUCCGCCUCCUGCCAUUGUCACAGCCCUGGCUUCCACUAGUGGCCAAGAAGGAGCACGGUGGGUCCAAGUUGUGCAACAGCUAGAAAAAUGCGAAAAACAUUGUCGAGACGUGGCACAGCAGAUUUCAACAUUAUAUUGGGCUUCCUUUGAUGCUGACCCAUCUACUUUAGGCAACUUAACAUUAUUACAACAAAGCUGCAACUGCAUUAAAUCAGCAAUUGCCAGCAUCAUUUCUGUGGUCCACACAGGACAGAGCAGCCUGGGGGAGCAUCAGUUCUUAGCACAUCCAGAGGUGUAUGACGAGAACAUUUGGGGGAAGUCAUUGCCAUCCACAAUUGUCAGCAUCUUAAAAGAACUAAAAACUAUGUUGGCUGAGAGUGCUGGAAGCCCUGAAAAACUGUACAGACUGAUUGAUUUUCUCAGCAUGUCUGCACAGAACUUGGUCCAAGCCAACAUCAGUUUUCCACGUUUCUUCUUUCAGCAGCUUCAGUCUACAAAUGUAAAGCUUGCAAUUUCACCGCAACCUAGUAAUGCUGGAGAACCAGUGUUGGUGCGAAGUGACACCAACCUGACCCUGAAAGUGGAGGGGGUGAUCCAGAAGGGGGAAAGACCAUCAAUCUUCCGUUCGGUGGCUGGGGUGAACAUCACAGUCACAACCAGUUUAGUCAACAGGACAGUGGUACCACAGGCAGACUCACUUGAAAAGAGCACAGAGAAAACUUCAGUGCAGCUGUCCCAAACUGUAGGGCCACACAAUGAGUACUUCAGUACAAGCUUUGUUCUGCCUUUCCCAGUCCUUGGCCUUCACUCAGUGCAGCUAGAUGCAGCCAUUGUUGAUGAGACAGGGGCUUGCUGGCACACAGGACCUCGCACAACUCUGAACAUCAAAUCAUACGAUGACUCAAUUCAGCGGCAGCAACCACCUAGAAGUGGGUCAAGGGUAGUAGCAGCUGUGGUAGCUGCAGCAGCUGCCGCUGCUGCAAAUAGUCACUAGAUUAAGAAAAAAACUUUUCUGGGGCUUAAUCAAACAUCUAGGUAAUGUUGAUUUUUUUUAAAGAUGUUAAGUAAAACUGGAUUGAGAUGCAAUUAAAUCUUGACAGUUUA